AUGGCAGGAAUUUCCUAUGUACAGCAGCUGGAAAACGUUCCGGAGGCUGUUGCAAUAGUAGCAAUCGCCAUCUUUGUUGUAGCAUCGGUCAUAAUCUAUGGGUGUUAUCUGCAUCCGCUUGCUCAUGUUCCUGGUCCAUUCCUAGCAAAGUUCUCUCCAAAGAUAUGGGGCAUGAAGGCUCUCUACCGCAUGAAAUUCAAUUCAGAUCUUCAAGCUCUUCAUAAGAGAUAUGGGCCUGUCGUCCGAGUCGCACCGAACGAAGUGUCGUUCGCGACAUUCGAGGCAGAGACUACAAUAUAUGCAAAGCAAGAAGAUGGUCGUUUCUCCAAAGCUGGAACGUUCUUGACUCUUUUCUCGGAUCUUGUCUUGAAUGCUCCAACUCUCAUCACUAUCCCGGAUCCAGCGCUCCACAAGAGACUGCAUAAAGUGAUUCAACAAGCUUUCACACCUCAAGCACUCGCGAGCCAAGAGCCGAUUCAGAAACUACAUAUCGAAAGAGCAAUGCCCGAUUUCGACGAGAUUGCUGAAAGCGGUACCGAGAUAGAUCUUGCCGACAAGUUAGAGACAAUGUUCUGGGAAAUUAUAGGUGACCUUGCUUUUGGGGAGCCAUUGAUGGCUGGAAAACGACCAACAUACGAGUCCUUGAAAAGAUUAGGCAAAGGAUCGAUGCCUAUAGUGGAAGCCUUGAGCUUCAUGCUGGUCAUGCCUGGUGUAGCCCCUGCGCUUGAGACAGCCAGAAGCCUUAUCUCCGCAAUGCCAAUUCCUUCUCAGCUAUCAAAGCUUGUCCCAUCCAAGAAACUACGCGAUUGUAUCGAUAGGCAGGAUGGUAGAGAAGAUUUUAUCUCGGCUAUCAUGGCCAGCGAAAAGCAAGGUCUGACGCUAGACGCGGAUGCCUUCUUUAGUAACGCGAUGGGCCUGACGCAAGUAUCACCCUUUCUCUACCCGCAAUGA